AAAUAAGCUAGUUUCAUUUUGGUGUAACAGUUACUUUAAAACAGUUACAUUAAAUAACCAAUCAGUUAAAUAUAAAAUAAUUGUUAUUUUAUAUUACCGAAAACAUUAUCUGACGUGUCACAAAGUCAUGGAUUUUAUUACAUCUAUUCCUACGCAUAUGGAUUAUGAGGGCCAAGCAAGGGCAGAAAAGUUAUCUAGGUUAAUAGUUACUUUGUUUGGUGUUAUCGGUUUGAUUUAUGGAUAUGUUGUUCAACAGUUUUCAAUGACUGUUUACAUUCUUGGAGCAGGAUUUGUAGUUGCAUUAUUGAUCACUGUACCUGCUUGGCCUUUCUAUAGACUGAAACCUCUCAAUUGGCAGAAACCUCGUCCACAAAACCAGCAGAGCACAGAUAAACCAAAGAAAAAGUGAAUUGGGAAUAGUAUAAAUAAAAUAUUUUAUAAAUCGUUCAAAAUUCAAAAUACAUAAUUAAAUAUCUUUAUUCAUUUUAUGAACAUAAUGUACAAUAUUUCAUCAAUAAUUAAGACAUUCAUGUUUUUAUU